AUGCCCGAAGCAAACCACUACGAUGUUAUCGUCGUCGGAUCUGGCGCGGCUGGACUGACGGCAGCUCUCUCAGCCAAAGUCUCCAACCCUGAACUGCGCAUUGUCAUAGUCGAGAAGGCACCACGUGAAUGGAGAGGAGGCAAUGGCUACUUUACAGCUGGUGCAUAUCGUACUGCUCACGACGGACUGUCAUCUCUACUACCAUUGGUAUCCAACGUACCGCCGGAGUUGAACGAUAAGAUUGAUCUAGCACCUUACACCACCGAAGACUUUCAACACGACUUGCAACGUGUGACAGGAGGUCGCAGCGACAAAGGACUAGGGGCUGUGCUUGUCAAGGACAGUCUGGAUGCGGUGCGCUGGCUCAAGGAGCAUGGAAAUGUGGACUGGUGGCUCAGUUUCCGACGUCAAGCCUAUGAAGUACAAGGGAGAUGGAAGUUUUGGGGCGGUCUAGCACUUACUGUUAAGGACGGCGGCAAAGGCCUGAUCAAAAACUUGUCUGAUGCUGUCGCUGCAAAGGGCGUCGUUACCUUGUUUGACACAAAGGUCGAAAGCUUGCGUCUUAACGGAGAAAGUAUAGCUGGAGUGAGAGUUUCAGAUCCAAACAACGCAGAUUCUACAUCUGAGCUAUAUGCUCCCAGCGUCAUUCUGUGCGCUGGUGGAUUUGAAGCAAAUCAGCAACUCAGAGAGACCUUUAUGGGAGCGAAUUGGAGAUACGCCCAUGUGCGUGGCACACCCUACAACACAGGCGACAUGCUUUUGGCAGCUCUGAAUCUAGACGCAAAGAAAGCUGGCGAUUACAGCCACACAGGUUGCCACAGCGUUAGCUGGGACGCAAAUUCGUCUCCGGAUGGCGGUGACAGAGACAAAACCAAUGAGUUUACCAAGAGUGGAUAUCCGCUUGGGCUCAUGCUCAAUAUCCACGGUCAACGGUUUGUCGACGAAGGCUUUGACCUUAGGAAUUACACAUAUGCCAAAUUUGGAAGAGCAAUUCUCGAGCAACCAGAAGCACUAGCUUUCCAGGUUUGGGACGCAGACGCCGUUGGUUGGUUGCGAGAGGAAGAGUAUCGUGACGACAUUGUUCGCAAGAUUCGAGCAGAGAACCUUGAAGAGUUGGCACAGAAGCUCAUGGAAGAGGGAUUGCAAGAGCCACAGCAAUUCGUGCGUACGAUCAACGACUACAACGCAGCGGUGCGUGCACACCGCGAAGAGUAUCCUGAUGCGAAGCUUGACCCAUCGAUCAAGGACGGACUUUCGACGCAGUCAUCUCGGAUGGCGUUGGAGCUGCCCAAAUCAAACUGGGCGUUACCUGUUGUAAAAGGGCCUUUCACCGCCGUUCGAGUAACUUCGGGUAUAACCUUUUCGUUUGGAGGACUGGCAGUUGAGCCUACUACAGCAAAUGUGGUGAGAAAUGAUGGAAGCAGGAUCGAGGGACUGUUUGCAGCAGGAGAAAUAGUCGGCGGACUGUUUUAUGCGAACUAUCCUGGAGGUUGCGGCUUGACGGCUGGAGCGGUGUUUGGAAGAAGAGCAGGCGUUGCUGGGGCCAAACGGGCACAGCAAUUAAAGAGAAUUGGGGUCAAGCUUUGA